AUGAAUUCAAAAUAUUCUAUUCCUUCAAAAUUAUCAAUUCCUUUAAAAUAUUUACCUUCAAAAUUAACAUUUCCAACAAAAUUAAAAUUAAAUAAUAUAAUAAUAAUUGGAUUAUUAUCAUUUACAUUUAUAAAUAUAUUAUUUGUAAUUAAUUCAUCUUCAAAUUCAAAUUCAAAUUCAAGUUCUUCUUUAUCAUCAUCAUCAUCAUCAUCAUCAUCAUCAUUAUCAUCAAUUUCAACAAAACAAAUUUUAAAUAAAUUAUCAUCAUCUUUUAAUAUUUUUAAAUUUUCAACUAAUACAAAUGAUGAAUAUUCAUUAAUUGGUUAUCAUCAUGAUGAUGAUUCAAAUUUUGUUAUAAUUGAAAAAAAUCAUAUAAAUGAAUUUAAUAUAAAUUCAGAAUUAAAUUUUAAUAAUCAUUAUUAUAAUUUUUUAAAUUCUGAUUUAAAUUUUAAAAAAAAUUAUGAUUUACAUUUAAUUGAAGGUUAUAAUUAUCAAAAUUAUUUAAAUAAUUUAAAAUUAAAUAUAAAUUUACAUUUAAAUAAUUCAUUAAUUUUACAAUAUGAAAAUGAAUUAAAUUUUAAUCAAGCUUUUAAAGAUUUUUUUUUAAAUUUAAUUGAAAUUAUUGAAAAUUGUAAACCAAUGAUGAGUUCAAUUAAUAAUAAAGAACAUUAUUCAAAUGAAAAAAUUAUUGAAAAAAAUUUUCAAAUUUUAAUGAAAAUAAAUGAUGAAGAAAUGAAUAAAAUUAAUAAAGAAGAUUUUAUUCAUAGAGAUGGUAAAUUACCUUUUUAUUUAGGUCAUUUAAGAGAAAAUUAUAUUAAUGAACCAAUAAGAAAUAAAGAUUAUUUAUCAUCUUUUUUACAAUUAAAUUCUUUUGAAAUGGAUUCUCUCAAAAAAUCUCAUGAAAAAUUUAUAAAUUUAAUGUUAAAAGAAUGGCCAAAAGAUUUAAUAAAAUUAAAUAAAUUUAAUAAUUUUUUAAAAGGUGAUGGAAUUGUUUAUUUAGGUGGUGAUAAAUAUGAUCAAUUAGUUUUAUUAUCUAUAAAACUUUUAAGAUCAAAUGGUUCAAAAUUACCUGUUGAAGUUAUAAUACCAAAAAGAGAAGAUUAUAAUGUUCAAUUUUGUGAUCAAUUAUUACCAUCAUUAAAUGGUAAAUGUAAAGUUAUGAGUGAUUAUUUACCAAAAAAAUAUUUUGAAUCCAUAACAAAUAAAGAUGAUAGAUCUGGUGGUUAUCAAUUAAAAAAUAUUGCAAUUUUUAUUUCAUCAUUUGAAAAUAUUUUAUAUAUUGAUGCUGAUAAUUUACCUUUAAAAAAUCCUGAUAUAUUAUUUGCAAAUCAACCUUUUAUAAAUAAUCAUUUAGUUUUAUGGCCAGAUUUAUGGAGAAGAUCAACAUCACCAAAAUUUUAUGAAAUUGCAAAUAUUAAAGUUGAUCCACAUCAAAAAAUUAGAAAUUCUUAUAUAAAGGGAGAUAAAAAAGGUGAAAAUCAAAAUAAAGAAUUUAAUUCAUUUCAUGAUUGUAAAGGUACAUUACCUGAAACAAGUUCAGAAACUGGUCAAUUAAUGAUUAAUAAAAAAAUUCAUUUUAAAACUUUGGUAUUAUCAUUAUAUUAUAAUUAUUAUGGACCUGAUUUUUAUUAUCCUUUAUUAAGUCAAGGAGCAGCAGGAGAAGGUGAUAAAGAAACUAUUAUAGUUGCAGCACAUAAAUUAAAUUUACCUUAUUAUCAAGUUCAAGAAUUUAAUAGAGAAUUUGGUCCAAUCUUGGAUAAAACAAAUAAACAUGAAUUUUUUGGUAUGGGACAAUAUGAUCCAAUUAUUGAUUAUAUACAAUAUACAUCAUCAAAAGCAGUAGAAGAUGAAGAAAAAGAAUUAGAAAAAUUGAACAGCAAUAACAAUGAUAAAACCAAAAAUAAAAAGAAAACAAUAAAGAAGAAAAAAACCAAUAAAGAUUUAAUAAAUUAUAAAUCAACUCCACCAACGACAUUUGCUAAAAAUUUUGAAGAUAAAUCAAUAUCAAAUUAUAAUUAUCAUUUAUUUCAAUCAUCUUCAUUAUUUUUUUUACAUGCAAAUUGGCCAAAAUAUUAUAUUGAACAAUUAUUUACAUGGGAUGAAAGAGGUCCAAUAGAUAAAAAAGGUCAUAGAAGAAGAUUAUAUGGUAAUGAUUUAAAAUUAGAAGUUAAUAAUAAAAUAGAUUUUGAAUUAGAAAUUAUUAAUCAUUUAUAUGAUAUUUGGUGUAAACCUCCUUGGAUUGAUUUAAAACAUGUUCCUGAAUCAGGUUCUGCAAAAAGAGAUGAAGUUUGUAAAAAAAUUGAAUUACAACAAGGAUUUUUAAAAACUACUUAG